UGUCCCUGCCCAGGGCAGGGGGUUGGAACUCGAUGGUCUUUGAGGUCCCUUCCCACCCAAACCAUUCCAUGAUUCCAUGAUUCAGGUUGUGGGUGGAAGGGCCCGCAGCGGUUGGAGAUGGCGGUGACGUUCGAGGAGGUGGCCAUCUACUUCUCCCCCGAGGAGUGGGCCGAGCUGGGGGGCUGGCAGCGGCGGCUCUACCGGGAGGUGAUGCUGGAGAACUACCAGGCGGUGGCCGAGCUGGGCUGGUGCCCCGUCAAGCCGGAGAUCAUCUGCCAGAUGGAGCGAGAAGAGACGCCGUGUGUGCCAGACCCCCCUGGGGCACGGCGCAGCCGCGGGACCCCUGAGCCAGCAGACGGUGAUGUCCAGACGCAGAGGGAGGAUGGGGGGCUCCUCCAAGGGCUGUCAGACCCCACCAGCCGGCUCCCAGGGCGGCCCGAGCAGGACGGGAGGUGGUCGGGGGGCCUCCAGGCCAACCUGCUGCCACCCCAGCUCCCCCACGGCCCCUCAGACCCCAAGAGACCCCAUGUGUGUGUCAAGUGUGAGAAGAGCUUCGGCAAGAUCCAGGACCUGAGGAGGCACCAGCAGACGCACACGGCGGCGCGGCCCUUCUCCUGCCGGCAGUGCAGCCGCCGCUUCCGGCUGAAGCAGGUCCUGGUGUCCCACCAGAAGGUCCACAGUGGGGAGAAGCCCUUCGGCUGCGCCGACUGCGGGAAGCGCUUCACCCAGAAGCACCACGUGUUGAUCCACUGGCGCAUGCACAGCGGCGAGAAGCCCUUUGCCUGUGGCCACUGCGACCGCCGCUUCAGGCAGAAGUACCACCUGGUCAGCCACGAACGGGUACACACCGGGGAACGUCCCUUCGCCUGCCCCCACUGCCCCAUGGCCUUCAGGGACAAACAGAUCCUCACCAUCCACCAGCGGGUCCACACCGGGGAACGUCCCUUCGCCUGCCCCCGCUGCCCCAAGGCCUUCAGGCGCAAGCAGACCCUCACCAACCACCAGCGGGUCCACACUGAGGAGCGCCCCUUCGCCUGCGACCGCUGCCCCAAGACCUUCAAGGACAAGACGGCCCUCAGCGCCCACCAGCGGGUCCACACCGGGGAGCGUCCCUUCGCCUGCACUCUCUGCCCCAAGCUCUUCAGGAAACGGGGGGCUCUCACUGACCACCAGCGGGUCCACUCCGCAGAGCGCCCCUUCUCCUGUUCCAUUUGCCCCAAGACCUUCAAGGCCAAGAAGGCCCUCAUCGUCCACCAACGGGUUCACACCAUAGAGUGCCCCUUCGCCUGUGCCCACUGCCCCAAAGCCUUCAGGGACAAGAAGUCCCUCACCAUCCACCAGUGGGUCCACACCGGGGAGCGUCUCUUUGCCUGCGCCCACUGUCCCAAGGCCUUCAAACACAAGAAGACCCUCACCGUCCACCAGCGGGUCCAUACCGGGGAGCGCCCCUUCACCUGUGCCCACUGCCCCCAGACCUUCAAGAAGAAGAAGACCCUCACCGUCCACCAGCUGGUCCACACGGAGGAGCGCCCCUUUGUCUGCACCCACUGCCCCAAGGCCUUCAAGCAGAAGCAAGCCCUCACCGUCCACCUGCGGGUCCACACCGGGGAGCGCCCCUUUGCCUGCAGCCACUGUUCCAAAGCCUUCAAGCAGAAGCAAGCCCUCACCGUCCACCUGAGGGUCCACAACGGGGAGCGCCCCUUUGCCUGCCCCCGCUGCCCCAAGGCCUUCAAGCAGAAGCAAGCCCUCACCAACCACCAGCGCAUCCACAACGGGGAGCGCCCCUUCGCCUGCCCCUGCUGCCACAAGGCCUUCAGGGACAAGCAAGCCCUCGCCGUCCACCAAGGAGUCCACACUGAGGAGCGCCCCUUCGCCUGCGGCCGCUGCGGCAAGGCCUUCAAGUACAGGAACACCCUCACCACCCACCAGCGGGUCCACAACGGCGAGAAGCCCUACAAGUGCGGCCAGUGCAGCAAGACCUACAGCUGGAAGAACGGCCUGAGUCGCCACCAGCAGGUGCACCAGGGACCACUGGCCAUGCCCGAGGGUGGCCCGCAGGAGGAGGGGGUCCACUCCCAGCUUGGGGGGCAGGCGAAGGCCAAGCCCUUCCAGUUGAGCAGCUGUGAGGAGCAGUUUCAGGGUGACGGGGUCCUGGUAGACCACCAGUGCAACCACGGCACCCCCAGCCUGUUGCCACCCCCACAGUCUGGGACCCCUGAAACUGCCACUCUGGGGUUCACAGCUCGUCCUGGUUCGCCAUCCCUCGCCGUAGAAGCUGUGAGUCUGUGGUGGGAGCAGCAAGACCCCUCAUCCCUCCUUGAUGGGGGGUUUCUACCUCCUCCGCCUCGCCCUGGAACCCAACCGGCUGUUGACCAAGCUGCCCAUGGCCAUGGGCCUUCUCGGGGGUCGGUGAGGACGGAGGGUGAGCGCAAGGUGGCUGAAAGGCAUCGCCCCCACCCCGGGUCGGGCGGGAGCCCUUUGCAGGAGGGUGAGGAGGAAGGAAGGGCUUCGGGCUGCGUUGGUCCCGAGGAGGAGGAAGGUGCUGCCCGGGAGCAGGGAGUGGGGCACUGCCUGCGGGACGUGGUGCACACACACGUGACAUUUCAGCCCUUCCUUGCGGACGUAGGUCUUGCCACACUCGCUGCACUUGUAGGGUCUCUCGCCCGUGUGGGCCCGCUGGUGGAUGGCCUUGGGGCAAUGGGGGCAGGAGAAGGGGCGCUCCCCGGUGUGGACCCGCAGGUGGUCGGUGAGGGUUACCUUGUUCCUGAAGGCCAUGGGGCAGUGGGGGCAGACGAAGGGGCGCUCCACCGAGUGGACCCGCUGGUGUUCACUGAGGGCCUUCUUGUUUCUGAAGGCCUUGGGGCAACUGUUGCAGGUGAAGGGGCGCUCUGUGGUGUGGACCCACUGGUGCUCAGUGAGGGCCUGCUUGUUCUUGAAGGCCUUGGGGCAACUGUCACAGGCGAAGGGGCGCUCCUUGGUGUGAACCCACUGGUGGUUCCUGAAAGUCCUCCUGUACUUGAAGGCCUUGGGGCAGUGGGUGCAAGCGAAGGGGCGCUCCCCAGUGUGGACCCGACGGUGGCCCUGGAGCAGAAAGGGCAGGCGAAGGGGCGCUCCUUGGUGCGUUGGAGGAUGCGUUGGUGGACGCGUUGGUGGACACUGAAGGUCCGCUCGUCCUUGAAGGUCUUGGGGCAGGUCUUGGGGCAGGUGGGGCAGGCGAAGGGACGUUCCGCGGUGUGGACCCGCUGGUGGCGGUUCAGGUGGUACUUCACCCUGAAGCGACGGCCGCAGUCACCACAGGAGAAGGGCCGUGCCACCGUGUGUGUCUGCUGGAGCUUCUUCUGGUCCCGGAUCUUGCGGAAGCUCUUCCCACACUCGGAGCAGGAACGGGGUCUCUUUGACCCCGGGGUGGCAGAGCACCUCCCACCAGCCCAAGUUGCUCCAAGCCCCAUCCAGCCUGGCCUUGAACACCUCCAGGGAUGGGGCAGCCACAGCUUCUCUGGGCAACCAAUUCCUGGUCCCAGAUCGGCCACGCACCGAACACGGGUCCUCCUGAAGGGUCUUGAGAAGAUGGCGGUGACGUUCGAGGAGGUGGCCAUCUACUUCUCCCCCGAGGAGUGGGCCGAGCUGGGGGGCUGGCAGCGGCGGCUCUACCGGGAGGUGAUGCUGGAGAACUACCAGGCGGUGGCCGAGCUGGGCUGGUGCCCCGUCAAGCCGGAGAUCAUCUGCCAGAUGGAGCGAGAAGAGACGCCGUGUGUGCCAGACCCCCCUGGGGCACGGCGCAGCCGCGGGACCCCUGAGCCAGCAGACGGUGAUGUCCAGACGCAGAGGGAGGAUGGGGGGCUCCUCCAAGGGCUGUCAGACCCCACCAGCCGGCUCCCAGGGCGGCCCGAGCAGGACGGGAGGUGGUCGGGGGGCCUCCAGGCCAAGCUGCUGCCACCCCAGCUCCCCCACGGCCCCUCAGACCCCAAGAGACCCCACGUGUGUGUCAAGUGUGAGAAGAGCUUCGGCAAGAUCCAGGACCUGAGGAGGCACCAGCAGACGCACACGGCGGCGCGGCCCUUCUCCUGCCGGCAGUGCGGCCGCCGGUACAAGCACUAUCUCACCGUCCACCAGCGGGUCCACACGGGAGAGCGUCCCUUCACUUGCAGCAGCUGCCCCAAGGCCUUCAGGAGCAAACACUCCCUCACCAUCCACCAGCGCGUCCACACCGGGGAACGUCCCUUCACCUGCACCCACUGCCUCAAGGCCUUCAGGAGCAAGCGCUCCCUCACCAUCCAUGAGCAGGUCCACACCGAGGAGCGCCCCUUCACUUGCAACCACUGCCCCAAGACCUUUAGGAACAAGAACUAUCUCACCAUGCACCAGCAGGUCCACACUGGAGAGCGUCCCUUCAUGUGCAACAGUUGUCCCAAGGCCUUCAGGAGCAAGCACUAUCUCACAAUCCACCAGCAGGUCCACACCAGAGAGCGUCCCUUCACUUGCAACAGUUGUCCCAAGGCCUUCAGGAGCAAGCACUAUCUCACCAUCCACCAGCGGGUCCACACCGGGGAGUGCCCCUUCACCUGCCCCCACUGCCCCAAGGCCUUCAGGAGCAAGCACUAUCUCACCAUGCACCAGCAGGUCCACACUGGAGACCGUUCCUUCACUUGCAACAGUUGUCCCAAGGCCUUCAGGAGCAAACACUCCCUCAUCACGCACCAGCAGGUCCACACCGGUGAGUGCCCCUUCACUUGCAACAGCUGCCCCAAGGCCUUCAGGAGCAAGCACUAUCUCACCACGCACCAGCAGGUCCACACUGGGGAGCGUCCAUUCACUUGCCCCCACUGUCCCAAGGCCUUCAGGAGCAAGCACUAUCUCACCACGCACCAGCAGGUCCACACCGGUGAGUGCCCCUUCACUUGCAACAGCUGCCCCAAGGCCUUCAGGAGCAAACACUCCCUCACCAUCCACCAGCGCGUCCACACUGGGGAGCACCUCUUGACUUGCAGCAGCUGCCCCAAGACCUUCAGGAGCAAGCACUAUCUCACCAUCCACCAACGUGUCCACACCGGGGAGCGCCCCUUCACCUGCCCCCACUGCCCCAAGACCUUCAGUAGCAAGCACUAUCUCACCAUCCACCAGCGGGUCCACACUGGGGAGCGUCCCUUCACUUGUAACAGCUGCCCCAAGGCCUUCAGGAGCAAGAACACCCUCAUCGCCCACCAGAUGGUCCACACUGGCGAGCGUCCCUUCACUUGCCCCCACUGUCCCAAGGCCUUCAGGAGCAAGCAGACCCUCACCUUCCACCAGCAGGUCCACACCGGGGAGCGCCCGUUCACUUGCAGCUACUGCUCCAAGACCUUCAGGAGCAAGCAGACCCUCACCGUCCACCAGAUGGUCCACACCGGGGAGCGCCCUUUCACUUGCGACCACUGCCCCAAGACCUUCAGGACCAAGCAGACCCUCAUCGUCCACCAGCGGGUCCACAGCAGCGAGCAUCCCUUUGCCUGUGACCGCUGCCCCAAGACCUUCAGGAAGAAGCACUCCCUCACCACCCACCAGCAGGUCCACACCGGGACAAGGCAAGAAAAACAAAGGUUGUUAAUCUUUCACUGGGCAUAUACAAACCCAAAGGCCUAGUCGCUUCGUGGGCGGGUACCACAGCCUUGGAUGAGGAACAUCAUGACCUACUGCGGAACAAUAACCAGCCUCGGUCGCAGAACAAACG